AUGUCUGAAAAAUAAUUGGAUAGUCAAUAUAAAUUAUAGGAGUAGGAGACAUAAUCAGGAAAUAAUUUUGAAUUAAGUAGUCCUUAAGGAAGUAGUAAGAAGAAAGGAAGAGCACGAACAGCAUCAGAAAGGACAUUUAGUGCUGCAGAAACCUUGUAUGGACGACCAAGAAAUACAGGAUCUAUGAUACUCUUGAGGACAGCUGAUCAAUUUAAUAAAAAGGUUAUUCAUGAUGUGAUUAAUCAUUCUCCAUCUAAAUAACAAUAUUCAUUUGCUAAGGCCACAAGAUUCUCGAAACCUCGUUCCAGUUAUUGUCAACAAUAAUUUUAUGAUUCUUAGUAUUUCAAUCUUUUUUAUAUUUUAGGAUAAGAACAUCUCUAGGUAAAAGAACUUGCAGUUUCGGAUUUGGUAUAAAAUUUGACUUUGCCAAAUUAACUGAUAAGUAUAUACCUCCUCCUACAGCUUAUACUUUAAAAUCGAAACCUAAGCCAGUUACAAAAUUUGGGUAUGGCAGAGAAGAAACAAAAGCUGUAGGAAUUUAUGGUAAUCCAAGUAAAAAUCCAGCACCUAAUACCUAUACUUUGAAAGAUACUUUCUCCAACAUCAAAUUUUCAUUUGGAGAAAGAACCAAAGCCAAACGUAUUUAAUAAUUUACAUUUUAGAUAUUUAUUUGGAAUCUACAACUCCAUCUCCUUGUGCAUAUAAUGUUGGUGGUAUAAGUAAAACUGGAAAUUAUUUUAAUUCCAAAUACUCUAGCAAUCGAGCUCCUUUGUUUUCUCCUUCAAAUAAUAAGUCUUUCAGAAUUAUUAAAACUCCUGGGCCAGGAACAUAUGAUCCUCCAGGAGAUAUUGCUGAUUUCAGAUUGAAAAGUAGUUCAGGUUUCAGUUUUGGAGCAUCAGAAAGAAAAACUAUUUAAAUUCGAAAUAAAGUUUGUAUAUGAUUAAAAUUUCAUUAUAUUAGUUCCUGGGCCUGGUACUUAUCAAUUACCAUCAGAAUUUGGUGAUGUUGAAUAUCCAGAUUGA